AUGUUUAAAAAGUUUACAAAGGAAGACAUCCAUUCCCGCUCCAACAUCAAGUCGUCGGUGCAAAGACAGCUCAAAAGCAAGUUUGCAGCGCAAUUCCCAGACAUUGAGGCUGUGAUCGACGAUAUUGUGCCGAAGAAGUCGCAGGCCGUUUUGGUCAAGUGUGAAGACAAGAUCCAGUUGUACGCUGUAGAAAAUGAGGUUGUCUACUUCCAGCAGUUCGACGUCUUGAUACCGUCCCUCAAGAUUGUCCACAAAUAUCCAACCGCUUUCCCACGCGUUCAAGUUGACAGAGGCGCCAUCAAGUUCGUGUUGAGUGGUGCCAAUAUUAUGUGUCCCGGAUUGACCAGCAAGGGUGCGCAGUUACCGGAGGAGUCCUUGUCUACCGAUACCUUGGUGGCUGUCUUUGCCGAGGGUAAGGAGCACGCCUUGGCCAUCGGGAAGUUGAUCAUGAGCACUGACGAUAUUAGGAGCAUCAACAAGGGUAUCGGCAUUGAAUUGUUACAUUACUUGGGUGACGGCUUGUGGAAUUUGCACUUAGAUUAG